CCCGCUGUUCUGCCAGAUGACUCGGUGCCCGCUGUCGAGCUUGGUGACUCGGUGCCCGCUGUUCUACCAGAUGACUCGGUGCCCGCUGUCGUGCCAGGUGACUCGGGGCCCGCUGUCGAGCUUGGUUAGCCGGUGCCCGCUGUCGUGCCAGGUGACUCGGUGCCCGCUGUCGUGCCAGGUGACUCGGUGCCCGCUGUCGUGCCAGGUGACUCGGUGCCCGCUGUCGUGCCAGGUGACUCGGUGCCCGCUGUCGUGCCAGGUGACUCGGUGCCCGCUGUCGUGCCAGGUGACUCGGUGCCCGCUGUCGUGCCAGAUGACUCGGUGCCCGCUGUUCUGCUAGAUGGCCCGGUGCCCGCUGCCUCGCCUGAUGGCCCGGUGCCUGCUGCUCCACCUGACGUGCCUCGUGCCUGCUGCUCCACCUGACGUGCCUCUGCCCGCUGCCCAGCCUGACGUGCCUCUGCCCGCUGCCCAGCCUGACGUGCCUCUGCCCGCUGCCCAGCCUGACGUGCCUCUGCCCGCUGCCCAGCCUGACGUGCCUCUGCCCGCUGCCCAGCCUGACGUGCCUCUGCCCGCUGCCCAGCC